AUGCGUGCCAGCAACAUCUUCCUUCUCGCAGGCCUGCUCACCACGGCCGCCGCCGCGCCGCUUGCUGCCAGUCCUAGCGACAUAUACAGUCAUAUAUCACCGAGAUGGGCUUUAAAAACCAUCGAAUGCACCGAAGAGGAUGCCCAAAGAGCCGGCUGCCUCGGCGGCUGCGACAGAUACUACAGCUCCGGCGUGAUCUGCAAGCACAGCGAGAGCGCGGAACGGGUCCAUCAGGAGCAGAUGAGGUCGUCGGCCUCGACCCAGCAGCGAGAUGAGGACCGGCCCAUGUAUUUCUGGGGCACGCCCGGCAAGGGUAUCCAGAGCGUCACUCCGGGGCAUUGA